UCAUUAAGUUGAUUUUUCCUGCUCUUCGUCAUCAUCUCUGGAGAGACGGCUACUCUGAAACCCUUUCCGGUGCGAUCCUUAAAAUUUCCAAGGGAAACAGAGUGGGAACUGUUCACAUAUUCUCAAAUGGCAACUCCUAACAACGACACUCCCACACCUUUGAGCACCAGUAGUACGGGCGCUGAUAAUGGCCACAACACUGUCGCAAAUAGUGCGGUGAACAGCGGUAUGAAUACCGGUGGUUCUGCUAUUGGCAGUGCGAAUAUCAAAUCCCUCGUACAAUCAGGCUACGACCACAUCGCUGUACGCUACCUUGAAUGGACCACUAGCACCCCAUCCCCGCGUGUGGAGUUUCUAGGGAAGCUGGAGGCGCAGCUUCAAACGUUAUACCUUUCCAGAGACACAUCCAAGCCCAAUCCCCGCAUUUUGGAAUUAGGUUGCGGUGCUGGAGUUCCCGCCACACAGUACCUUGUCAGUAGCGGAUUCGCGGUGACUGCCAACGACAUCUCUACUGCCCAGAUUCAACUUGCUCGAAAGCACGUCACUAUUGGCUCAACCGGUGACGAGGAUGAAUGGAGUGAAAUUGGCUCGGUGGAGUUUAUCCUCGGAGACAUGAUGGAAUUGGAUUACCCCGCUGCAACCUUUGAUGCAGUGGUGGGGCUCUAUUCCGUCCUUCACCUGCCGGCAGAUGAGCAGGAAAUGUUGAUGCGGAGAAUCUUUGGGUGGUUGAAAGAAGGGGGUUAUCUGUUGGUAAAUUUUGGUGUGACGGCAGAUAGUGGUGCCAUUCUAGGGGAUUUCCUGGGUAAGGAGAUGUAUUGGAGCUGCUUUCCGGAAAGGGUUUAUAGGCACAUCGUAGCGAGAGAGGGAUUUGCUGUUAUCGAGGCGGAGGUUAGGGUUGAUGUGGAAGAUGGAGUGGAUGUGCCUUUCUUAUGGAUAUUGGGGAAGAAAUAG